GCCCACAAUACAACCCAAUCCACCAGGGCACCCACUUGAUGGAACAUCCCGAAAGCAUGUCAAGGAUGCAUGCAGCCAAUUAUUCAGAGGUCAAGCCCACCUGGGCAAAAUGUCGAGCCGUCGAAGUUGAAAGCUAAAUUCCCACCUCGACUUUAAAACAGCCGUACUGUGUUUGGUUCCACCUUCUCAUCAGCCUUGGCUGUGGUCCAACCGCUGCCCCGAAACCUUACCUUACCCACCCACUGUCGAGGGCUGACAAGAUCACAACAUGCGAACAACAAGGCGCAGGCCGGCCCCAGUCAGCCCCGAGCUUCCUCCAAAACAUGAUUUAACAUCGUCACAUCUGCCCCGACCGAGAAAGCUUCACGUGUCGCUGGGGAUCCUGUCGCGGCCUUUCUCUGGUCGAAAUUGAAUUGGUUCAGAGACGUGAGAGGUCGCAGUGCAUAACUGCCUGAUGUCUUGUCUGCCAAGAUGAUUUCCGAGUUCACCAAUGCCAUUCCAGCACCACACAAGGAUAUACCAAGAUCAUUUGAAGCCCGGUAGCAGUCUGGGGCACAACUUUAACAGAGCAGCACGUGCCGAGGUCGCCCCGAGGGCCCCGUGUGAGCGCCAGGAGGGUGAUGCGGGCAUGGAAAUGCCAUCCAGAAAUACCGCCGUUGUGCACAUGCGCUUUUCGCCAACGUCGGAACAAGCCUGACUGGGGAUUCUGACUAGGGAUUUCAUUUAUCAUCAACCGAGCCGAGUAAGCCAUCUGCUUCUUGGGAACAGUGCACGACCGUGUCCGUCUUUUGGAACCCGAAAAGGCAGUCCAGCAUUGUCCAAACUAUACCACACGCACUGUUCGUUGCAUGCCACCGUGUCUCAUGAGACUUUAGGUUCACACCGUCGCAUGGCCGCGGCCGCAGGGCAGACUGCUACAACAGACACGCAUGCUCCGCGUGCCACAUCGCCCGCUCGCAUAGGAUCGACCGGAUGCCACCGUGUCACCCCUGAAUCUUCAGAUGGGCAAUGGAACUGCUUCCGGCCCUCCGGGCUGAGCGACAUGCGAAUCAUAAAGUUCGGUCUGGGUAGGGAAAUAGGAGGUUUAACUCUCUUCUCAGUUUAAAGACCGGCUGUCGGCCGCCCCCUCCUGUGCUCGAUACCCUUGGGACAGACAGACAAGGUCUUCCUUCGACCAGUCUGGAUGGCUAAGAACCCACGGCACCAUAUUACUCGCGAGACUCAAUCUUACCUCGGUGUAUUCUCCCGCCGUGCAAUCAUGUCUGAAGCAGAACAUAAAGACAUCGAGGUGGUGGUGACAAAGAGUGACCAUAAUGUCGUCGUCUCCGGCAGUGAAAAGACUCUGAGGACCGUCGAGUCCGUCGACAGCUUCCACCACGACGAGGCCGCCAAGAUCCUGGCCGACUAUGUGGCAGCGGGAGGGCCAGAGGAGUGGAGCGAGCUCGAAGAGAAGAACUUGACCCGCAAGAUAGACCGGAGGCUGCUGCCGGUCAUGGCCUUUACUUUCUUCCUGACGUGGUAUGACAAGGGAAUACUGUCACAAGCAGCCAUAUUCGGCCUGCGAGACGACCUGGAUCUCGAAAUAGGCGACCGCUACUCAUUCUCAUCCGCGAUAUUCUAUAUCGGGUAUCUCAUAGGAUGCUGGCCCAUCACGAUGCUGGCACAGAAGUUCCCCACAGCGCGUGUUGUUUCCGUGCUUGUCACCCUCUGGGGUCUCUGUGUCAUACUGACAGCCGCCUGUUUCAACUACCGCGGUCUCUUCGCCCAGCGGUUUUUCCUCGGGUUGCUGGAGAGUGCUGUCGGCCCGAUCUUCAUCCUCAUCAGUGGCAGCUGGUACAAGAAGAAUGAACAGCCACUGCGGGUCGGUGCCUUCGCCUCCUUCGUCGGCCCCGCCAUCAUCCUGUCCAUCCUGAUCAACUACGGCUUCGGCAAGGUCCAAGGGCCCGUCGCACCGUGGAAGAUCAUGUUCCUGUUCGCGGGCGCCGUCACCAUCGCAUGGGGCCUGCUGAUCCCCUUCAUUCUCCCGGCCGACCCGAUCAGCGCCCGCGACCUGACGGCGAGGGAGCGCUACAUCGCCGUGGCGCGGAUCCGGUCCAACAACACGGGCGUGCGCAACACGCACAUCAAGCUCGCGCAGGUGGCGGAGACGCUGACGGACCUCAAGUUCUGGCUGUGCUUCUUCUUCGCCCUCUUCGCCCUGAUCACCAACGGGCCCACGUCGUCCUUCGUGCCCAUCAUCAUCAAGGGCUUCGGAUACGACACCUUCGAGUCCCUGCUGCUCAACAUCCCGGGGGGCGCCAUCGCCUUCGCCGAGAUCCUCGGCAUCUCGUGGCUCGCCAUCCGCCGGCCCAUGUGGCGCUGCUGGAUCAUCAUCGCCUGCCAGUUCGCCUCCACCCUCGCCGCCCUGCUGCUGUGGCUGCUGCCGCUGUCCGACCGCGCCGGCCUCCUCUUCGGCGCCUUCACCAUCGGCUGCGGCAUCCCCGGGUACAUCCUCCUCGUCAGCACGCAGCUGGCCAACACGGCGGGCUACACCAAGCGCGCGACGGCGUCGGCGGGGCUGUACGUGGCGUACUGCAUCGGGAACAUCAUCGGGCCCCUCGUGUUCCGGGAGCAGGACGCGCCGCGCUACAAGGUCGGCUUCGCCGUCGUGGUCGCCUCGACGGUCGCUGCUGCGCUGUGUCUGCUGGCCUAUCGCCAGGUGUGCCUGUCGCUGAACCGGAAGAGGGACCAGGCGGGCUUCAUGGAGAGUUUUGAGCAUGCUUACGAGGACGACCUGACUGACUUGAAGAACCCUCAUUUCAGAUAUGUGGUGUAGUCUUUCCCUUCUUGAUCCAGCAUAUGUAUCUGCUGGGAUGUGGUCUUGCACAUGCAGGGUCUGCCCGCUACGGUUUCCGCCCUCGUUUGAUGUUUGGAUGAUGAGGAUAGGACCACCCAUCUUGUUUUCUGUUGUUCGCUAUGUAUUUAAUUCCAGGCAACAAAUCAACAACAUCGUCAAGCGUUCAAGA